CACGACUAAAUAUUGGAGGUAUACCCACAGGGAUCCUACCUCGGAAGAAUCCAAGGAUAUUUUCGAUAAGGGCGGCGGUCACGGUUUCAGUAGCUGGUUCUGUGGUUUGGCAAGAACUGACAAAGACAUGAAUCCCUUGCUACGAAAAAUUGCUAGGGGCUUCAACCAUUCCGUCGACUCGUUCAAUUCUUAUGACGUGAACGGGUAUCGCUUCCAGACCCAUCAAUACACAACAAGCCGUCCAAACAAGAAGACAAUAAAUAGCGGGGUGGUAUGUCAAGGUGAUGAUGGACUCCAUUACUAUGGAAGAGUCGAGGGUAUAUACGAGCUGAAUUACGGGUUUGACAAAGGGCUAAAUCCCGUCGUAUUCAAAUGCCAUUGGUUCGACCCACGUCGCGUGAGACGGGAUCCUGAAAUUGGAUUGGUCGAAGUUGAAAGAAGCUCUGUUUAUAAGGGAAAGGACGUGUACAUUUUGGCCACCCAAGCCUUCCAAGUAUUCUAUCUCCCGUACGCGUGCCGAAACCCGACCAAACGUCUACAUGGAUGGGAUGUUGUGAUGACGGUUCCUUCACGCAUUAGGCCACCCCCGCCAAACAAGGACGAUUACCGCCGCGUAGACCCCUCAACAAGGACUGUUGAUUUUUAUCAAGAAGAAGGGCUCCCCUGUCAUUUCACUAUCGACUUGUCGGCCGUUGUUGAUAACAUGGUCGUAGACGAUGAGCAAGAAGAAGAUGCGGUUAUGGAGGAAGACAAUGAAGAAUAUGAAGCUGAGGAUGUGUGUGCCGUAGAAGACCUAAGUUUGCUCGAGGCGUUCAAAGCAGGCAUUGACCUAGAUCCAAAUGGACCACCUCCAGGUUUCAUCGAUGAUUAUUGGUUCGCUGAGCCUGAUGAUGAUGAAACAUGUGGUCCGAUUACGGAUGUCGACAUAGGCUACUGAUCUAUGUAGUUGUAAUUGUGAGGCUAGCUUAUGUACUGAACUAUGUG